CAGUCGCCGAAAAGAUCACCAUAACUUGGGGCACCGCAGCAAAGGCAGCAAGCAGUCUGCGUGACCGAUGGGAUCGUGUGCGGCGCUGGCGGUGCUGUGGGUGGCCGUGGCGUACCCGGUGGUGUUCCGUGCGCGGCCCGUGGAGGCGCUGGCCGCCAACUGGGGCACCCGCGCGCUGCACCCGCUGCCCGGGGACAUCACGGUGAGGCUCCUGCGUGACAACGGCUUCGACAAGGUAAAGCUCUUCGAGGCCGACCCGCCCGCCCUGCGCGCCCUCGGCCACUCGGGCAUGCAGGUCAUGAUCGGCCUCCCCAACGACCUCCUCGCCCCCAUCGCCGCCACCGUCGGCGCCGCCGAGCAGUGGGUGCUCCAGAACGUCUCCACAUACAUCUCCAAGUACGGCGUCGACAUCAGGUACGUGGCGGUGGGCAACGAGCCGUUCCUCAAGUCGUACAAGGGAAUGUUCGAGGCGGCCACGCUUCCGGCGGUGCAGAACGUGCAGGCCGCGCUCGUCAAGGCCGGCCUGGGCAAGCAGGUGCACGUCACCGUCCCGCUCAACGCCGACGUCUACGAGGCUCCCGACGGGCGCCCCUCCUCCGGCGACUUCCGCCCGGACAUCACGGGGCUCAUGGUCAGCCUCAUCCGCUUCCUCCUCGACAACAACGGCGUGCUCGCCAUCAACAUCUACCCCUUCCUCUCCCUCGACGCCGACCCCAACUUCCCCGCCGACUACGCCUUCUUCCCGGCGCCCGGCGCGCGGCCCUCGCAGGCCAGCGUCCAGGACGGCAACGUGCUCUACACCAACGUCUUCGACGCUAACUACGACACGCUCAUCGCCGCCCUCGAGAAGCACGGCCUCGGCGCCAUCCCCGUCGUCGUCGGCGAGAUCGGCUGGCCCACCGACGGCGACAAGAACGCCAACAUCGCCGACGCGCAGAAGUUCAACCAGGGCCUCUUCGACCGCAUCACCGCCGGCAAGGGCACCCCGCGCCGCCCGCAGAUGCCCGACGUCUACGUCUUCGCGCUGCUCGACGAGGACAACAAGAGCGUCGACCCCGGCAACUUCGAGCGCCACUGGGGCAUCUUCAACUACGACGGCUCGCCCAAGUACCCGCUCAGGCUCGCCAACGGACGCCCCAUCGUGCCGGCCAAGGGCGUCCGCUACCUGUCCAAGCAGUGGUGCGUGCUCCGGCCAGACGCCAGCCCGGCCGACCCAGCCAUCGGCGGCGCCGUCUCAUACGCGUGCCAGUACUCGGACUGCACCAGCCUCAGCCCCGGCUCGUCGUGCAGCAGCCUCGACGAGCGCCGCAACGUCUCCUACGCAUUCAACCAGUUCUUCCAGGCGGCCAACCAGCAGAAGGCUGCGUGCAACUUCAACAACCUCUCCAUCAUCACCACCACCGACCCAUCCCAGGGGACCUGCCGCUUCGAGAUCAUGAUCGACACCGGCCGCCACGAGCUCGCUGGCAAGUCGGCCGCCGGUAGGGCGUCCGCCGCGUGGAGCACCGUGCUAGUGCUCGGCUUGGUCGUCCUUACUAUGGCUGGGUGGUGAGACUGAGACUGUCAUUCCACGGCUAGAAACUAGAAAGGGCCAAUUCUUUAAUUUUUCUAAGCAACUAAAGGGUGAAAUUAAAUAAGGAUGUUCAUGAUGGUAAAUUUCUAUUUACCAUUGGGAUUAUUGGCAAAGGGAUUAUUGUACUGUAUUAUACUCAUUGAACGAAUUGUUGAUGCGGAUUCUUUCUGAUGUACAUAUACAUGACAGAGAUGUUGAUAUACAAUUUGGUUGGAGUA